AUGACAUUUCUGCUGCUGUAUUUUGUUGCUGCCUCUGAAAAUGCACUAAAGGUUAAGAAAGAGCUCACUGACACCGGAAUCUGGACACUCCUACUGGAGUUCAAGGCUGAGGUCGACCAGCUCAAUGAUAAAGGUACAAGGCCACUUCAGCUCACCAUUACCCAAGAGAUGUCAAGCUGUGUGAAAAGACUCCUGGACCACAAUGCCAACAUCAACAUUCAGAAGGGUUUAUGCUGUGAUAAAAAGCAAUCACUCUUAUUGCCGUCAGUGAACAAUUUCCUGAUGACUGGUCCAAAGGCUUACUUGAUCUACUCCAGCAGCGUGGCAGCUGGUGCCCAGAGUGGUAUUGAAGAAUGCAAAUACCAGUUUGCCUGGGACCGCUGGAACUGCCCUGAGAGAGCCCUGCAGCUGUCCAGCCAUGGCGGUCUUCGCAGUGCUAAUCGGGAGACAGCAUUUGUACAUGCUAUCAGUUCUGCCGGGGUUAUGUACACUCUGACUAGAAACUGCAGCCUUGGGGAUUUUGACAACUGUGGCUGUGAUGACUCCCGCAAUGGGCAACUGGGGGGCCAAGGCUGGCUGUGGGGAGGCUGCAGCGACAACGUGGGCUUCGGAGAGGCAAUAUCCAAGCAGUUCGUCGAUGCCCUGGAGACAGGACAGGAUGCUCGGGCAGCCAUGAACCUGCACAACAACGAGGCUGGCCGCAAGGCGGUGAAGGGCACCAUGAAACGCACGUGUAAGUGCCACGGCGUGUCUGGCAGCUGCACCACGCAGACCUGCUGGCUGCAGCUGCCUGAGUUCCGAGAGGUGGGCGCGCACCUGAAAGAGAAGUACCACGCAGCUCUCAAGGUGGACCUGCUGCAGGGUGCUGGCAACAGCGCGGCGGGCCGCGGCGCCAUCGCAGACACCUUUCGCUCCAUCUCCACGAGGGAGCUGGUGCACCUGGAGGACUCCCCAGACUACUGCCUGGAGAACAAAACGCUAGGACUGCUGGGCACCGAAGGCAGAGAGUGCCUGCGGCGCGGCCGGGCCCUGGGCCGCUGGGAGCGCCGAAGCUGCCGUCGGCUCUGCGGGGAUUGUGGGCUAGCGGUGGAGGAGCGCCGCGCCGAGACCGUGUCCAGCUGCAACUGCAAGUUCCACUGGUGCUGCGCGGUCCGCUGCGAGCAGUGCCGCCGCCGGGUCACCAAGUACUUCUGCAGUCGCGCGGACCGGCCGCGGGGGGGCGCGGCGCACAAACCCGGGAGAAAACCCUAA